GUUUACUUGUCAAAAUUCCAGAAUUUUCGUGUUACUUUAAAGAUUAGAAUUUAAAUCUGUACAAUGUCAGAUGAAAAUGCAUCACCUACAGUUAAUAAGGAUGAUGAAACGAACCGGGAAAAAGUUAAAUCCAGAGCGAUAGUAAAGUAUUCCGCCCCAAAACCUGCUACUUUUGCUAAACUUCAAUACAAUACUGAUCUGAAUUUGCCCCCUUCAAACUGGUUAAGCAGUUCCGCGGACUCUUAUGGCUUACAAAGAGUUAUUUACCAUCAAAAGGGAUUCUCCAGCUUUAGAAUGGCACAUAUGUACCCUGACUGUGUGGGCGAAGUAGAUGUUGUUUCCGAUGCAGAAAACAUUAAAAAUCUACUAAAAAUACCUUACCACAAGGGUCACAUAAGUAUGAUGGUACACAGAGUAGAAAAUACGUUGCUUUUGGAUGAUUUUGAUAUUUAUAAACACCUUUUAAAAACAUCUGAAACCGAGUGGGAAUGGCUAAAGAAAUUCUUCUUUGAGAACAUAGGUAGAGAAACAUACGAGCAAGAUAAGCAUUUAUAUAUAAAGAGUCGAACUCAGAAGGCUUUAAAAGAGAAAAGUUUAGUGUCAAAGUUCUUGUAUCAUAGUCUUGUAGAGGGUGAUAACGAUUCUGAAGAAAAUCGGAGUCCUCUUAGACCCUAUAACUCACAGAAUAGUGAGACUUCUAUUCAGACUCCCCCAUUACCAGACCCAUCACCAAGCACGGAGUGCCCUGACUCACAUCCAUUUGAGUUUAAUAGGAAUGUUGUGUGGACUUUUGAGGAUAUUGAGAUGCUUUUGGGGACCGAUAUGCCUAUUUUUGGUGGUGGUACCCAUCCCUGUAUAUCUCUAAGACUGAGAGACAUGAGUAAACCAAUUUCUGUGCUCACGGGAAUUGAUUAUUGGUUAGAUAACUUGAUGUCUAAUGUUCCUGAGGUUGUGAUGUGCUACCAUAUCAAUGGUAUUGUACAAAAAUAUGAAUUAAUUAAAACUGAAGAUUUACCAAGGUUGGAUAAUUCAAAGUUUUCUCCAAAAUUGAUAAGGGAUGUUGCUCAAAGUAUACUGUCUUUUUUAAAAUCGAAUGCUACAAAGGCUGGGCAUACUUAUUGGCUUUUUAAGGGCAAAGAUGAGGAGGUGGUUAAAUUGUAUGAUCUAACUUCAUUAUGCUCAGAAGAAGAUGUACAGAAAGGCCAAAAUCCUUUUACCAUUCCUGUAGCUAUGCUUCUUUAUAGAGUGGGUAGAAAUAUGAAAAAUUUACCUGAUAGGAGACCACAACCAGGAACGAUCAGAAUGCUUCUAAAAAACGUCAUCAAGCUUCUGCCAGAAGAAAAAUAUCCAGAAAUAAUAACCUCGUCGCAUUAUAUGCUCUCAGAUCUUUAUGUGCCGGCUGAAGUUAAUCCAGAAGACCCUAAGCUUGAUCAAAACGAAAAAGAAGAUGAUGAGGCCAGUGUUUAUGAUGAUGAUGAUGACGAAGAAAAUUUAUCAACUGAUGCCGUUUCGGUUCUGGACUUAGAAAAACCGAAGAAUGAUGAAAGUUUUAGGAAUUUCUAUAAACCUCCACCUCCAAUCAAUGGUAGCUUGGAGGAGAGGUGUAUUUCUGCUGUAGGACAUGUUGCUGGGGGGUUGAAUUGUCUUCAGUAUUUUUCGGAGAGCAAAGAAGAUGAAAAAAAGGAAGAAGAGGCUCAUAUGGCCAAACCGUUUGAGCCCAUUCCUAUGCCUUAUGGAAAACUAAGCGACGAGAAAAAUCCCACUACUAGUUCAGAAACAGAAAAUCAGGGCUCGUCCAAGCGUAAAAAACGGGACAAAAAGAAAAAAUCCCAAGUAGAAAAUAAUGGAAAAAUGGCUUUAAUACCUAAAGACCCUAGCGACGCUCCCUAUCCAAAAUGGCCCACAUUCGAUCCUAGUACUAUAUCGUGGAAAGGUCACUUAAAAACACUGCUUUUUGAAAAGGCGGUGCUAAUAUACGCCAUCUUGGCUGAGUUUUACAUUACACAGGGUCGAUACGGCGAAUGCUUGAGGGUUUUGGGUAUUUUGGCGCGAUGUCAGCUGGCCUUAGACCGUAUACAGUGGUCCAGGGGAGUCUUGAGACUGAGCUGCUUGCCGGGUAGAGCUGGAGACGCGUGUUUGAUGAUCGUGCAACGCUGGAAGAACGUAGAGAUUUAUAGAGAACAGUUGCAGUCGCAUCGCGAUGAGGAUAUUAGGUUGUUAGAAAAAGUUGAACAAGACGAGAGAGCACACAAAGUAAACCUGGGCGACAGCGAAACUAAGGUCGUGUUCAUACCGGAUAUUCGUACCAUAGAGCAAAUGCUUAUAAAAACGGUCGAAUGCUACGAGACAGCAUUAAAAAUGUCUUCUUCCGAAAGCAUAAUGUUUCGCCUGGCCAACAGCCUGAACGAGCUGGCGAGUUACUACUUGAACGUAGCGAAAAACGCUAAACUACCCAAGGAUAUCAUAGAGGCUUGCAACAAAAGUGAGCCUUACUUGGUAAAAGGCUUGCAAUUAUUUGAAAAGGCCAAUAAUGAUGCUAAUAUAGCCUUGUUGAGCUCCAACAUGGGUCAUCUGCAUCGACUUCUAGCUUACGCUCAUACUCCCGAAGAAAGGAGCGAAUUGACACCACAAGAACGGAAACACUACAGCAAAGCUUUCCAGAGCUACAAAAGGGCUUUGAGAGUUUUAGGUGACAGGAAACAUUGUCCGGGUAUAUGGGAUGCUGUGACGUGGGAGCUGAGUACAGCAUUAUUCACUGUUAGCUGUAUUUUGUACGAAAAUCCCCCUUCUGAUGUGUCGAAAUCUGAAGCCGAAAAACAAGUACUGGAAGCAUUACAGACCGCACUGGACCACUGUGAUUUGGACGAGUCAAAACCCAAGUUUCCUUUGUAUCAAUACAGGGCGGCUACUUUGCAUUUUAGGAUGGGUUCCCUUUGGCACGCCCAUGCUUGGAAUUCAACGACAGAUUCCAAGAAACAGGCCGUUCAAUUGGCCCAACGUCACUACGAUAAGGCUGUGAAAUUAUUUUUAGUCUCCGGAGAUGCCUUGUGCUACCUCACUGGCCAGAUGCAGAGGGUUGCUUUGACCGAGUUUUUAGUUGAAGGUAGUUCUUCUGCAACAACGAAGUUAAAACACCUCCAAGCCUGUUUAGAUUACUUUUUAGACACGGACGAAAUUCUAGAAUUGCUUCUAGACAAGAAAAUCGAGGUUUCAGACGAAAAUAAGGAAAGUAUUACAGCGGAAAAAGGCAAAUCCUUCAAGUCACUCCAUUCUCUUUUAAAACUAGUUAAAACCAGGCUACAACACGUAUUAAAAUCGCUGGUUAAACUGUGCCUGUCCAAGCCAAGUCCAAACAAAGAGAGCCCCGUGUUAGCUGAGCUGUACAAAGCCUCAUAUAAAGCUACUUUUGAGCUGAGUGAUGAGCUAGAUUGCGAUGCUUUAUUAAAACGUUUACAUAAGGCCUUGCGAGAGGUAAAAAAUAUAUUAAGGUCGCACAGAGACGCUUCUUAGUGCUCUGUUUUGUAUUACGUUGAAGUAUUUUAAUAGGUUUUCAUUAAUUAUGACGUUCCAAGUUAUACAACCAACAUUACGUCGAGUCCUUAGUCUUAAAUAACAGAACGAAGCCUUUGUAAAGAUAACAUAAGGUUUCUCAAUAAAUUUGUUUAAGAUUUAGCGUUUUGCUGGUUGCAUAUUUAGUGAAAUUAAUUGGUUUUUGAUGAAAUUUUGGAAUUCUACAUUACUUAUUUUAAUUUUUUCUUAACAGCGCAGAUAUCCAAAAAUUUACAUUGUAUUUUAUAUGCUUUUAGUGUUUUUUUAUAUGUACUUUUGUUGAUUUGAUAAGUUUCUUCACUAUGAAGCUGUGAUAUAAGUGUUAAAUAUAUUCUUGAAAGUUGAAAA